AGAGUGAAGUUGAUUCAAUUCCGAAUUGAGGAAAGUAAACGCUGUCUUGUAGCUUCUUAUUUAAUUUAUAAACUAUCAUCAUUAUUAUUUAAAAAAGUUGAAUUUUGUGAAGACAUAUAAGAAAUUCGCAAAUUAGAAACUAGAAAAAUGGCUAUGCAACCCCAUAGUAAGAAAAGAGUGUGCUAUUACUACGAUAGUGAUAUCGGUAAUUACUACUAUGGACAGGGACAUCCCAUGAAGCCUCAUCGUAUACGUAUGACUCAUAAUUUAUUGUUAAAUUAUGGACUUUACAGAAAAAUGGAAAUCUAUAGACCACACAAAGCGACUGCUGACGAGAUGACCAAGUUCCACUCAGACGACUACAUCCGCUUCUUAAGAUCCAUCAGACCGGAUAAUAUGUCAGAAUAUAACAAACAGAUGCAAAGAUUCAAUGUUGGUGAAGACUGUCCCGUUUUUGAUGGACUGUACGAGUUCUGCCAGCUCUCAGCGGGAGGUUCGGUAGCCGCUGCUGUCAAAUUAAACAAACAGGCAUCAGAGAUUUGUAUCAACUGGGGAGGCGGACUCCAUCAUGCCAAGAAGUCUGAAGCAUCAGGUUUUUGUUAUGUAAAUGAUAUUGUUCUUGGAAUUCUUGAGUUACUGAAGUAUCACCAAAGAGUGCUUUAUAUUGACAUUGAUGUACAUCACGGUGACGGGGUCGAAGAGGCUUUUUACACUACAGAUAGAGUAAUGACGGUCUCCUUCCACAAGUACGGGGAAUACUUCCCUGGCACGGGUGACCUUAGAGAUAUCGGGGCCGGUAAAGGAAAGUACUACGCUGUAAACAUUCCUCUGAGAGACGGUAUGGACGAUGAAUCAUAUGAGUCCAUCUUUGUUCCUAUCAUAUCCAAAGUUAUGGAGACAUUUCAACCCAGCGCUGUUGUCCUGCAAUGCGGUGCGGAUUCAUUAACAGGCGACCGACUCGGCUGCUUCAAUCUAACAGUGCGUGGUCACGGCCGUUGUGUUGAAUUAGUUAAGAGAUUUGGUUUACCAUUCCUCCUCGUCGGCGGCGGAGGCUACACAAUCCGUAACGUAUCCCGAUGUUGGACGUACGAAACAUCGGUGGCACUGGGCGUGGAGAUAGCUAACGAGCUGCCGUACAACGACUACUUUGAAUACUUCGGACCGGACUUCAAACUACACAUCUCUCCCAGUAAUAUGUCUAAUCAGAACACCCUGGAAUAUUUGGAGAAGAUAAAGAAUAGACUUUUCGAGAAUCUUCGCAUGUUGCCUCAUGCACCUGGAGUUCAAGUUCAAGCUAUACCAGAAGACGCAGUCAACGAUGAGUCAGAAGACGAAGAUAAAGUGGACAAAGACGAACGACUACCGCAGAGUGAAAAGGACAAGCGCAUCACGAACGACGGCGAGCUAUCAGACUCCGAGGACGAGGGACGGGACGGAGACGGCAGGAGAGACAACCGCUCGUACCGCGCGCCCCGGAAACGACCGCGCCUCGACAAGGACGCCGCUAAAGACGACGGGAAAGCCGAGGAUUCAAAGGACGAAGUGAAAAACUUGAGCAAUAUGGAGGAACCAAAGAAAGAGCUGCCGCCGAACGCCUGAUCCGCGCGCUGAGUCGCGGGCUCAAGUUUGACUUAAUGUCCUGGAGUAAGUCGUCAAUGUGAAUAACUUUGGAUACAAUAUAAGUGGUUAUUUAAGAGUGAAGCUGAAUAGACGAGACCCUCGCCUCGCCUGAGAGGUAAAUGUUUCAACUAUCGUGUUAAAUUAAAUGUUAAAUAAAUUGUAGUCAUAAGAUUCUUGUAAAUAGUUCGCAUUCAACACAGACAUCUUUGUCAUUAGUUAAUUUUGUUUGGAGCUGUAGCAUAUAAACUUAUGAAAUAAAAGAAAGGAAUUUUCUGUGGGUUCUACAUGAAGUUGUCUUCAAGAGAAACUGUUGCUUGCAAUGUGAUUAUCAUAUGAUAAUAAUAUGAUUAUCAUAUGUUUGUAUAAUGUGUGUAAAUCAGAUGUCUCGAUUUGUUCGCUCUAUGGACACCAUACAUAUUAAGAUCCUUUCACAUUCAAAAUCCCAUGGAUAACGUAGUUUUCUGUAAAAUUCCAAGUUACUAAUAAAAAAAAUAUCCAGAACCCUAUUUGAUACUUAUCAUUAGUUAUUCUAGUUAAGGUGUUUAAUAUUAAAAUGAUCAGUAAGGUGCGACCUCACGCCGCGCUCACAUUACAACAAAUUGAAAAUUGUAUGUCGUAAAAAUACGGACAGCAUUUAUUUACAAACAGAUUUUUUUUUAAAUAUUUAUGCUAUCAUCAGACGUAGAGUCAAUACAUAAAGACCAUAACUUCAGGAUUAUGGAAUUCAAUCUUUUAAAUAUUUUAAUUGUAAAGUUAUAUGUAACGGUUUUAAGAUCUUAAUAUUAUAUCGUUUAUCUUAAUAAACUAUUUUUAUACAUGAAUAAUUUUACUAUUAGCUCGUAAGUCUCCUGGACUUUCGUAUUUUUAAAAAUGGAACAUGUAUUAAUAUAAGCGAGGCAGGAUGAGAGGUGACGUCACACUACGACCAUAUCAAUGUAUGGAAUGAGGUGACAUCACGAACACAUUGAUAUCUUAUUAUAUGAAUAUUAUUAACAGUAUUUUUUUAAAUUAAAGCUUUUUACGAAUUCUAAGCUCAGGUCGACUCACAUACAGCACAUGUGCUUUGAAUUUGUAGACUGGCUUUAUUUCAUUAUAUGACACAAACUUAAAGAAUAAUGUUAAUUUUAUCAUUAAACUUGAAUGCAGCAAUACAUUUUUUGUCUUUUAAUUAUCUAAGACUUAUCGAAUAUACCACGUGGAGACGUAAAUAUAGUUAGUUUUUAUUUUUAUAUGUAGUAUGUAUCUCAUAGGUAACUAAUUGUAAUGAUUCCUGAAUAAUUCAUAGCAGUGUAGUAUUUUUGUUCCUCGCCCUGUAAGGGUUUCUCUGUAAGUGUAAUCUAAAAUCCUAAACAAUAAGUUUAUGCAUAAAAGAUAUACAGGUAGAAUUAAAAUAUUUGUUCAAACAUUGACUAUCUUAUGUAUUUUUUAUGUCUAAAUUUAUUUUCGUCUCUCUCACUUUGUAAUUUGUAUUUUAUCUUUAGUAUAAUUACGAUAUGAAAGAAUUGUAAUUUAUAUUUAAAAUGUAUGAAAAUCAGAAAAUCCAGGUGUAAUUUAAUUUUUGAUGUUGACACGACGGACUGAGUCCUAACAAUAUAGUCAUUGUAUGUGUGUAAUAAGAAUGAUGUUGUAUUGAGGGCUUAAAUUUUAACAGCCAUUGAAAUUAAAUAGGAAUGAAGUGAGAGAAAGUUUCAAAUUGUAUUAUAAUGAUGUGUUAUAAUUUAUAAUUCUCUUCUACAACAAAUAUAAGUAUAAAAAUCACAGUCAAAUAAUAGAAUUCAAACAUAAAGCCGAAUUGUUUAAUUAUCUGAACAUUUGGUGACGUAUACUGUAUUGAUGUCGAAACUUAAGCUCGGACACAGUUUUGUGUUUCCUCGCCCGGAACGGAAUGAUAACACUGUAAAUAUUAUUCUAUAGUUAAAAUAUAUAAGAAUGUGUCCAA